UAUACCAAAAUUUAGAUUGAAUUUUGCCUUGCUGAUAUCUCAAAUUAUACAAAUACACUGUAAUUAUAUAUAGAUAUACAUAUAUAUUUUUUCAUUUUUGGAAUGUGGGGAUUUUGGUAUAUAGCUUUUUUGGGUUUUUUAUUUUGUGGGAUUAUACCGAAUCAUAUUAGCUGGGAAUGAAACGUAAAUUGUUUGUCUUGAGCUGUAAUAUGUGUGGGUGAUACUGAAUCUUCUUAUAAAUGGAGUGGUUUCCAUUCCUAUUCUGGAGUGCUGCCCCUUAAUUCAAUUCUUGAUUUUAUGCUUCUAUUCAAGCUGAUUAGAUGCUAUUUUCAUUUUGUUCUCUGUAACAUUGGACCAGACCUCUUUGGGGACGAUAAACAUGGUUUGAUUUUUGUUAUUUUCUAUUUUUUUUUUUUUGAACAAUCUAUUUUCUCAUGUUUUGAUUCUUCUUUGAUCUUAUUUUUAUUUUCAUGGAGUUAAAAUAACGAAUUAAUUAAUCCAUCUUCUCUAGCUCGAAUGAUUUUACUUUUCUCAGUUUGCUAUUGCUGCUGGUAUAGUUUAGAAAUUAAGAUGAUUAAAAAAAAUCUUUUUUUUUUUUUUGGUGAAACUUGUUGACUCGUUCAAGAAAGGUAGGUAUAUUAAGUUGUAGUUAUGCUUCGUGGUAUUUGUCUUUACUGUGCUGCUGGUAUAGUUUAGAAAUAAAGAUGAUUUAAAAAAAAAACUCAUUCAAGAAAAGUAGGCAUCUUAAAUUGUAGAUAUGCUUCAUGGUUUUUGUUUUUACUGUUGUCUUUUUUUCUAAUUGAUUUGCAAUAGAACUGAAAUAGGACGAAAAGGAACAUCUCUAAUUUGAAGAAAGUUAUUUAGUACAGAAAAAUGUAUUUUUAGUAUUGUUUCUUCUAUAUUUUUUAUAAUUUUUUUUCGAAAUACCCCCUCUUUUUUUUACCGGUAUAGACUUUCUUUGGUGGGUCCAGUUUUGUUGCAUGAUGUAAAAAUUUGUGCAGAUGUUUUGUGAUUCUGAUAAGAUAAGGGUUUACAUGGUACAGAGUUCAGCAGAGGUGGACUUCUUCUCAGAGUAUGGUGAUGCCAAUCGGUAUAAAAUUCAGGAAGUUAUCGGGAAAGGGAGUUAUGGCGUUGUGUGCUCAGCAAUUGACACUCAUACCGGUGAAAAAGUGGCAAUAAAGAAAAUACACGAUAUUUUUGAACAUAUUUCUGAUGCUGCUCGUAUUCUUCGUGAGAUAAAGCUUCUCAGACUUCUUAGACAUCCCGACAUUGUUGAAAUUAAACACAUUAUGUUGCCUCCUUCAAGAAGAGACUUUAAAGAUAUUUAUGUUGUUUUUGAGCUCAUGGAGUCAGAUCUUCAUCAAGUCAUCAAAGCAAAUGAUGACUUGACACGAGAGCACUACCAGUUUUUCCUUUACCAGCUACUUCGUGCAUUGAAGUACAUUCACACAGCGAAUGUCUACCAUCGAGAUUUGAAGCCGAAGAAUAUACUAGCAAAUGCAAAUUGUAAGCUUAAAAUAUGUGAUUUUGGGUUAGCAAGAGUUGCAUUCAAUGAUACACCGACUACAAUAUUCUGGACGGACUAUGUUGCAACAAGAUGGUAUAGAGCUCCGGAGCUUUGUGGGUCAUUUUUCUCUAAGUAUACACCUGCAAUUGACAUAUGGAGUAUAGGCUGCAUUUUCGCUGAAGUAUUAACUGGGAAGCCACUUUUCCCUGGUAAAAAUGUUGUACAUCAGUUAGAUUUGAUGACAGAUCUGCUUGGUACACCUUCACUAGAUACUAUAUCUCGGGUCCGGAAUGAAAAAGCAAGGAGAUACUUGACUACUAUGAGGAAAAAACAGCCUGUUCAUUUUGCUCAGAAAUUUCCUAAUGCAGAUCCUCUAGCAUUGCGACUAUUAGAAAGGUUGCUUGCUUUUGAUCCAAAGGACCGGCCAACUGCUGAAGAGGCAUUGGCUGAUCCUUAUUUCAAGGGACUUUCAAGAGUAGAGAGGGAACCUUCCUGCCAACCAAUUACAAAGAUGGAGUUUGAAUUUGAGAGGCGAAGGGUCACGAAGGAGGACAUACGGGAGUUAAUCUUUCGCGAGAUAUUAGAGUAUCAUCCUCAGUUGCUGAAAGACUACAUGAAUGGAACUGAGAGGACAAAUUUUCUCUACCCAAGUGCCGUUGAUCAAUUCAGAAAGCAGUUUGCACAUCUUGAGGAAAAUGGUGGUAAAAGUGGUCCAGUUAUCCCACUUGAGAGAAAGCACGUGUCUCUUCCUAGGUCUACAAUUGUACACUCAAACACUGUCCCUGCUAAAGACCAACACAACUAUACAUCGUCGAGAGAUCGUCAAAACACAGAAGAGGCAUACAAGAACUUAAAAGAUACAGAUACAGUUCAUGUGAAUAUAGCAAGGAGCAUGCAAGCACCUCAAAGAAUUCCUUUGGGUACAUAUUCCACCAAACCAGGUAGAGUCGUUGGGCCUGUUGGAGCAUAUGAGAAUGUAAACAUUAUGAAAGAUUCCUAUGAUCCUAGAACACUGAAUAGAACCUCAGUCCUUCCUCCUCAGGCUGUCCCUCCGGCUGCCUACUGCUACCGCAAACCUGUGGUUGGUCAUCCAGAGAGGUCUGCAACUGAAGCCUCUAGGGACAUGUCAUCACAGGCAAAACAAUCUGUCCAAUGUGGUAUGGCAGCCAAAUUAGCCCCAGAAAUAGCCAUCAAUAUCGACACCAACCCAUUUUUUAUGACACGGGCGGGAGUCACUAAGGUGCAGCAUAACGAUAGAGUCGCUAUUGAUGCAAACUUGUUGCAGGGAAAGGCUUCGUAUGGUGGGAUCAGCGCUGCUGCUGCUGCUGCCACCGCCACCACUGCAACUGGUGCUGCUCAUCGGAAAGUUGGAACUGUUCAGGCUGUUCAGUAUGGUAUGACAAGAAUGUAUUAGAAAAAUGGAUUAACCGGUAUUUUUGGCCAAGGGAGCAGGUUAUGCAGAGAGGCCCACUGAAAGAUCCAGCUCGUUUGUCAUUUUAUGCUACAAGAAACAUUUCAUGAAAUAUUAUUAUACGUUCUCUCUCUCUCUCUCUCUCUCUCAGUACAUCUAUAAAGAAAUGAGUAAAACUGAUCCAUAAAAGAUCUAUCCACGUCAUCCUAUAAGGAUAUAUCUUAUUAUAUAUGUAUGUAUAGGUGUAAAAACAAGGUAACAUUAGCUUUGCCAUAGACCAAUCCAUCUGUCUCUCCUUUGUCAUA